GCGUCACGAGCCGGAGAGCGAACGAGAAACUCGCAGAGCGCCAGCAGCCGACUAUAAAAUGUCAACACCGCUCAAGGGUGCGCGGUGUUGGACAGCCGCACAGAGUGUGACUUCUCAGUGUGGCGGCUUCUCUCUCUCUCUCUCUGUGUGUGUGUUCUCCUCCGUGGCCCUGGCUGCUGCUGCUGCUGUCGGUGUCCGGACAGCCGCGCCGGUGGAAGAUUCCAGCGCACACUCAGAGUGAAAAUCUUCGGUUUGAGGCUGACGGCAAGUACAGGAUCCUGCCGACCUCUCCGGACGCACACGCGCGAACGAUGGAUGCACGCACGCACGGGAUGCUGCGCACGUGCCUGGUGCUGUGUGCGUGCAUGUGCGCGUGCACGCACGCCUUCUCCACGUGCUCCGCGGCGCUGGAUGCCCCCGAGAUGGCGCGGCGGCGCCUCGAGGCCGUCCGGGGUCAGAUCCUGAGCAAGCUGGGCCUGAGCGAGCCUCCGCAGCUUCCGCGGGCACACGAGGGCGACCUCAAGCCCAGCGCCCAGGCAAUGGCGCUGUACAACGCCACACUCGAGUGGACCGCGGAACUCAAGCGACGGCAUGAGAGGCAGCAGCAUCAGCAUCAUUAUCAGCACGGCGGGGCUUGGGACCCAUCGUCGUCGUCGCUCGACGAUGACUACUACGCCCGCGAGAUGCGCCGACUCGACUGCACCGAGUCCCAUGUCAAUGCUAAGAGCGACCAGGGCACCAUCUUCAAGAUGCUGCGCUUCGACACUCGCUCGCUGCUGGCGGACGGAGCGCGCCUCGUGCGUGCCGAGCUGCGCGUGCACCGGGAGGCGAACCUGGCCACGCGGAAUCAGGAGCAGCGCGUGGAGCUCUUCCAGGCCGUGGCGGAGGCCCCUGGCGCCCCGGGCCGCUACAUCGCGAGCCGCACCAUGCGUCCCCGCGACCCUCCCGAGUGGGUCUCCUUCGACGUCACCUCCGCCCUGCGAGAGCGGCUGGCCGCUGCCGACGGAGCCGCGCCGUUUGCGCUGAAGCUGAGCGUGCACUGCCCCUGCACCACGUUCGACGUUGCCUCGCGCCGCAUCCUCAACCGCACCGAGGUCCUCGAGGCCGUGUUCUCAGACGGGCAGUCGGAGGAGAACGAGCGUUGGGACAUGGGCCCCGUGGUGGGCGCGGCGCAGAAGAGGUUCACUCCACACCUGCUGCUCUGGCUCGACCCGCCCGGGCGCAGCGACGAGGGUGGAGACGCGACGGCGCAGGGCAAUGGGGGCACGAGCACGAGGAGGAGGAGGAGGGCGCUCGAUGAAAACUACUGCUUCAGCAACAAGGAGCGGAACUGCUGCCUGCGUCAGCUCUACGUGGACUUCAGGCGCGACCUCAAGUGGAAGUGGAUCCACGAGCCCAAGGGAUACUACGCCAACUACUGCGCGGGGCCCUGCCCCUACCUGUGGAGCUCUGACACCCAGCACAGCACGGUGCUGGGCCUGUACAACACCAUGAAUCCGGCGGCAUCGGCCAGCCCUUGCUGCGUGCCCGACGAGCUGGAGUCUCUCACCAUCCUCUACUACAAGGGACGCAACCAGACGGUCACGCACCUGUCCAACAUGCUCGUCAAGUCCUGCAAGUGCCGCUAGCCCGAGGCACCGACACGACCGCCGCCAGCCACCGCCAACGCCAGCACCCUUUUAGCGUCGCCACCGUCGCUUGCCGCGCAACUGGCUGCUGGUGCGACUGCUGGCGGCCAGCCAGCCAGCCAGUGCUGAAUGCUGGCGAAAGAGCAACAACGAUUGCCCUGGGGGAGAGGAGUCACCCGUUGCACUGUUUUAUUUUUAGAUAUUGAAUUCUGACGUCUGACGGAGAGACUCGGCUCGCUGAACAGCGGCUGACGGGCCGGUGUCUGUUGGUGGCUGGAUGCUUACGCGCCGGAUAGCAGCCGAUGGCAAGUGGCGGGCGUUUGGUCGUUUGACGUUGGUCAGUGGGCUCGUGAAAACGCUCGCUGUCGCUGAAUGGAUAUUUGGGGCAGAGCGGUGGCACAUUGGUUGGCACACCGUGCUGUUAACCCGGCGACCCGAGUUAGAUUCCCGGAACACAUCAGUAGCGAGUGACAUCUGAACCCCCCCCCCCCCCGCCCUGCCCCCACCAGUCUUCACCAACCUGCAGUGACCAGCGUGGUAAGGUAUGGUCAAACAACCUCAGUGACCGGCACGGUGUGGGGGAGGCCUUCACCCAGCAUCUGGUAGCGGAUUGAUAAGGGACUGUGAAUUGUUUAAAUUUUAUUAUUUGCCGAUAAACUAGGCAUGCAGUGACCGGGUCAGUCACUACAACACGCUGGACAAUGGCCGAUGAACAAUUGUGUUGAGCGGCAGCGACUCGGUGGCCAGCCAUUGCUAGACAUCGUCAGUCCGACACACCGCCUUACAGGUGCGAUGCGGCCGCGUGGCCCUGUAAAAGCGGCCAGCGUCACGUCCUCCUCCUCCACAGCGAUCGAUCAAGGACUCCCCCGACGUGCUCGAGGCUUGAGCGCCACGUCCGUCGUGUACGCCGAGAGGUCUCCCAUAGAACGUGCUUGCCGGCGGUCGCCAAGCAGCGACGGAUCGCUGCUCGCGACGGAUUCCACCACUCCGCGCAGUCGUGAAGUCUGAGCUAUAGGGCGGUGCCUACUCCGCUCAAGACAAGAAGCCUUGGUGUGGCACGCGGAGGUUUCGCGGUGUGGCCUGCUGUGGCCUGGCCGAGGCCUGCGGGGCCUUGGGAAAAUGGCUCGAAUGAACCAGCUGUGUUUCCCUAUGUGGGUGAGCGAGCAGGUAUAGGAGUGAGUGAGUGAGCGAGCGAAGUGGGUGGCUGGGCAAGUGAAUGACUGACCGAGUGAGUAUUGCGAGCGAGCGCGUGAGUAUUGCGAGCGUUAAAGGGCAUUUCAAGAGGCACAAGUCGCAGCGCGUAGUGGGAGACCUCGCCCGCGGUGUCGAUUGUGUGACCUCGCCCGUGUUUCUCGCACUCGGGGUGAGUCUGAAAGGAGGCACGAGAACACAGAGGGCCCCGCUGUUGCCGCGAAACGGCCACGAAAACCCAGCGGGGGGGGCGGGGGGGGUGGGGGGCGCUCGUGAACGACGGCGGUGAAACCCCAAGCGGGGACGAAGCCCGCAAAACCCGGCGGCGUUUGAUGUGGAUUAACCGACCGUCGCUCGGCUUCAGAGGCAUUGCGAAGAGAACCGCCCGUCCGCUCCAAGAGGGUCUCUCGUUGUUAAAUUGACAGCCGCCAAGUUUUCACGGAGAUCUGUUCAAGUGGCUCCCGUAGUGCCGUCCUGUUUGUGCUGAACGCAGUAAAGAGGACGGUGAAAGGAAAACCUCGUUAAUAAUUUUACUCAUUAUUUAUUCUGCAA